AUGGCCAGGCGACAGCCGGGGACGGGGCCAGCCGCGGAAGAGUUCUGGCUGGCAGCCGGCUUGCUGGUGGGUCCGUGCCUAGCCUGGCUCAAGAUGCUUGCCUCGUGCCAUGGCAGCCCGCAGCGCCAGAGAGUGCACGCCGUGUCGAUGCCGCGGGAGAUGCAGGCGACCGGGCCAGUCCCGAACGCGAUCCACUUCGACGCCGCCGUCAGCGCGUGCGGGCGAGGGGCGCAGCGGCGCGGGCCGCCGCUCCGCCUCGUCGCGCUCGGCGCCGCCGUCAGCGCCCGCCCGCGGGCGCAGCUGCGGGAGAGGGCCCUCUGUGUGCUGCGGGCUGCGGGCCCAAUCGCGCUGCACGCCAGAUCUCGUCGCGCUGAGCAUCGCGGGCAGCGCGUGCGAGGAGUGUGUGCGGAGAGGGAGCGCGCGCUGCUGCUGGUUGGCGGCCUGCCGCGGCAGCGGCUGGACGCCGACGCGGUGACGUGCAGCGCGGCAAUCGGGGCGUGCGAGAAAGGCCAGCGCUGGGAGAUGGCGCUGGCAUCGUGGGAGGCGAUGCUGCGCCAGAGGGUGCGUGCCAACGAGGCGCUGCCAGCCCGCUGCGCGUCCCUGCGAGCAGCCGCAGGGGCACUGGAGCUUGCGCACCUCUGGCAGAGGACCCUGGCAGUUCUCGGGUGCCUGCAGAGGGGCCGCCAGCGGCCCGACGUGGCCACGUCGAGGGCCGCGCUGGGCGCCUUGGAGGCUGCCGGCCACGCGCAGCAAGCGCUGCCGCCUCUGGCUGCCGCGGCCGACGCGGUCGCCUGGCGAGAGUGCUGGAGCCGGCAGGACCGACGCGCCCGGCGGCGCGAGGCCGCCCGGGUUCCGCCCCGGCGUUCUGCCAGGCUGCACGACGCCACCCUGGAGGGCCGCCCGGGCCUGGGCUCCGAGCUCACGCGGGAGUCCCUGCAGGCCCCGGGGCGUCGGGGAGGGGCCCGUGGAGCCCAGGCGCUCCUGUGCGCGCUCGGCCACCUGGGCGGGGCCCCGGCCGCCGGGGCCCUCGUGGCCCACGCCGCGCGCUUCGAGCUGCUGCUGCGGGCGCCCUUCGUGCUGAGCGGCAGCGCCGUGGGCAUCGGCGGUGUGCCCGCCGUGCGCGGCGACGUGUGCUGGAGACGGCCAGGCUGA